ACCAGUCAGUCGCCUUUGAUUAUCAGUUGCCAGCAGCCCUUCUCUUGGCUCCUUGACACGAGCACCAUAUAAGGCGCAGCGAUCUCCAUAGAAACGUGUCAGUUUCAAUAGUAGUGUCAAAGUUCACUGUAUACAGACAUUCGCGCAGAUCCUCGUUUCGGAAACAUUGCUCUGCUGGUCUUCUCGUUAAAACGCAUUCAUUUUUAGUCUCCCCCUUGCACAUAGUGUGGGUUUUUGUCUUUCUUGCGCUCCGUUCCUGGUGGAGAGGGGAGACUACAGGGGUACGUCAUUUUUUGUUGGUUCCGCUCAGUUUUAUUCAAAAUACAGAUAUGAAAUUCCGCUCUUCGGUGUUUUCGCUCUUCUGCCAGUGGAGACGGGAGUAAGGAGCAAGGAAGUAAAGGGGAUUUAUUUCGCCAUACUUUGGACGGCGCAUUUUUUCCGUAUUAUUUUUCUUUUCUUCUGCGUAUCGCAUCUGCCUCAUACUUGGUUAUUUUUUACUCAUUUUAGAAAUUUUCUACCUAUUUAUUUUUAUUUCUCCGAAUUUUGGUUUCCUGAAUGGCUGGCUGCGAUUUACCUUGGAACUGGCCUCCCGAUAUGUGCGUAUCCUGAUCGGGCGCCUCUUUGCUUGUAUUUUGAAUGUAUUGGCUGUCGCCUGUUUCUACUUUGUCCUACGUGAUUGCCUGCUUGGAUUUGACUUUGCACGACAGUAUAUCCGAGACCUAUUUUUCCGCUCUCUGAAAAACAGCAAUCAGCUUGAAUUUUUGCACUUUUUGGACCCGAGAUAUGGCAAUGGUAGUUAGCGUGUGGCGAGAUCCGCAGGAAGACGUGGCCGGAGGAACUCUUAGCGGCCCUAACCCAGCAACUCAGCCGGCAAGGGAGCAACAGCAGGCGGCGUCGGCAGCACCACACACCCCGCAGACCCCCAGUCAGCCUGGACCCCCAUCAACACCCGGGACAGCUGGUGAUAAGGGACAUAGCCAAAAUUCAGGACAGGGUCAACAUAUUGAAUGUGUGGUCUGCGGAGACAAAUCUAGCGGCAAGCACUAUGGUCAGUUCACCUGCGAGGGAUGCAAAAGUUUCUUCAAGAGGAGUGUCCGAAGGAACUUAACGUAUUCGUGUCGUGCCAACAGGAACUGUCCAAUCGACCAGCACCAUCGCAAUCAAUGCCAAUAUUGUCGACUAAAGAAGUGUUUAAAAGUGGGCAUGCGGCGGGAAGCGGUUCAGCGAGGAAGAAUGCCUCCAACACAACCUAACCCAGGCCAGUAUGCGCUGACGAACGGGGACCCUCUGAACGGCCACUGCUAUCUCUCCGGAUACAUAUCGUUACUGCUCCGGGCCGAGCCUUACCCGACCUCUCGAUACGGCAGUCAGUGCAUGCAGCCCAACAAUAUAAUGGGCAUCGAAAACAUCUGCGAACUGGCUGCUCGCUUGCUCUUCAGUGCCGUGGAAUGGGCCAGGAACAUCCCUUUCUUCCCAGAUCUUCAAAUCACGGACCAGGUGUCCCUUCUCCGGCUGACCUGGAGCGAGCUGUUCGUGCUGAAUGCCGCUCAGUGCUCCAUGCCCUUGCACGUGGCCCCGCUGCUGGCCGCGGCCGGCCUCCACGCCUCUCCGAUGUCCGCGGACCGGGUCGUGGCUUUCAUGGAUCACAUUCGUAUCUUCCAGGAACAGGUUGAGAAACUGAAAGCCCUCCACGUCGAUUCUGCAGAGUACAGCUGCAUCAAAGCGAUAGUGCUCUUCACAUCAGACGCUUGUGGCCUGUCGGAUGUGGCGCACAUCGAAAGUCUACAGGAGAAGUCUCAGUGUGCUCUCGAGGAAUACGUUAGAAGCCAGUACCCGAAUCAACCCAGUCGCUUUGGCAAGCUUUUGCUGCGACUGCCAUCCCUUCGUACCGUCUCUUCGUCGGUGAUCGAGCAGCUCUUUUUCGUCCGCUUGGUAGGUAAAACUCCAAUUGAGACACUCAUCCGGGAUAUGUUGUUGUCCGGAAGCAGCUUCAAUUGGCCUUACAUGCCCAUUCAAUGAUCAAAAUGAUUGUUGCUAAAAUACACGAAUAAAAGAAUAAAAAAGAAACAGGACCAAAUCACAGCAGCCCAAGAGGACUGGAUUCCAAAUGAAUUAAACGGACGGACGUCUUAUCUUCUCACCUUGAGAGACAUGGCCAUCAUGAGACCCUUUAUCUUAUGUUUCCUUUCCCUGUGGAGGUGGAAUACCCAGUGUACAGAAAACGAGGAAUUCCUGUGUAAAUCCUCUUUCCUCUGCAAGAACACUGGUCUUCAUUUUGUAAAAUAUUAGUCUUUAUUUUCAUUUUUUUUUUGUACAAAAAUAAAUAAAUAAAAGGAAAUCAUCUUAUGUGCAUUAAAAUCAAGACUUAGUGAGAAAAUAACGUUUCCAAAAUAUAAGAAAUGUCCUGUGUUUAUGUAUCUUUUUUUUUGGUUCAAAACCAGGUUUUGUGUGAUUCUAUACUAAUAAUUUUUAUAUAAUCUUUGGCUUCUUAUAACAAGUGCGAUAUACAUUGUCAAGGCUGUUCUCCUGGAAAUAAAAUUGAAAUGAGACUUUUUUAAAGGAC